CCGGAAACAACGUCGACCGAGAGGAAAACAGUGCGCUCUGUAGCCGUCAAUGUCUCUGUUUGUAUUAAACACAGAAGUAUAGGUACCUGCAUGGCAGUGUGGUUAUCUGCUGCCCAGAAGCCAUGUUGAAGUUUAAAUACGUGAGUCAGGGAAACCUGAAAACGCUGCCCUCCUCUGCGGACCCCAUCACCAUCCGCAGCUCGCGUCUCAAUCAGGUGUUUCAGGGCCGAGUCGUGCUGUGCGGGCUCCAGGGAGGAUGCACUUUAGGUCGGGAAGAGUUUCUGGAGGCUCUGCUGCUGCUGUACCAGGAGUGCGCCUCCCCAGAGCUCAUGAAGAUACACCAUGUGGCAACGUUUGUCAAUAACUUUUCUGAAGUGGUCUCAGAGCUGCGGACCCUGCAGCCUUGGCUUGAUGACUUUGAUGUGCGUGCAGUGGUGGGUCGUGGUCGUUUCGCUGAAGUCCAGGUGGUCCGGGAGAAGGCCACUGGGGAUGUUUGUGCACUGAAAGUCAUGAACAAGAGCGUUUUACGCAAUCAAGAAAAUAUGGUUUUUCAUGAAGAGGAGCGGAGGAUCCUGUCACUGAACAGCAGUCCCUGGAUCCCACAGCUUCUGUAUGCCUUCCAGGAUAAAGAACAUGUCUACCUGGCGAUGGAGUACUUGCCAGGCGGCGAUCUGAUGUCCCUGCUAAACCGAUACGAGGAUCAGUUUGAUGAGUCCAUGGCUCAGUUCUAUUUGGCUGAGUUGGUAGAGGCCAUUCAUGCUGUCCACCAGCUGGGCUAUGUCCACAGAGAUGUCAAACCAGAGAAUGUGCUCAUCGAUCGGACUGGUCACAUUAAGCUGGCAGACUUUGGAUCAGCUGCCAGGCUGACUGCUAACAAAACAGUGGCAGCUCCCACGGUGCCUCUCGGGACCCAGGACUUCCUUUCCCCGGAGGUCCUGGCAGCCAUGAAUGGGGGCUCUUACAGUACCUACGGGGUUGAGUGUGACUGGUGGUCUCUUGGGGUCAUCGCCUAUGAGAUGAUCUAUGCCAGGUCACCUUUUUCUGAAGGCACUUCUACCAAGACAGUCAACAAUAUCCUCAACUUCCAGCGUUCCCUUAAGUUUCCGGAGCAGCCGCGGGCCAGUAAGCAGUUUGUAGACCUGCUGCAGAGAUUGCUGUGUGGAGCCAAAGAGCGACUGGGUUUCCAGGGACUCCGCUGUCACUCUUUCUUCUCUAGUGUAGACUGGAACAACUUAAGACAAGUUCUCCCGCCUUUUGUUCCUGCGUUGCACGCUGAAGAUGACACCUCUAAUUUUGAGGAGCCGGAGCAGGCAGCCCCCCGGCCAGCCUCAGCAGCCCAGCGAGGAGCUCUGCCAGCGGGCUUCCAGGGCCAGGAUCUGCCCUUUCUAGGCUGGUUCUUCAGCAGAGCGUUGACAACAUUGGCCAAAACUGAGUCAGUGUCUGCAGGCCUCAACUCUCCUGCCAAGACCAACUCUAUGGAAAAGAAACUGCACCUUAAAAGCAGAGAACUACAAGAAACUCAAGACAAAUGUCACAAGAUGGAGCAGGAGAUCUCCAGGUUCCAGCGUAAAAUGACUGACCUGGAGUCAGUGCUCCACCAGAAGGAUGUGGAGCUGAAGGCAUCUGAGACCCAGAGGAGCAUUCUGGAGCAAGACCUUGCCACCUACAUUACUGAGUGCAGCAGCCUAAAGCGAAGCUUGGAGGAGGCACGUGUGGAGGUCUCCAGAGAGGAUGACAAGGCCAUGCAGCUGCUGCACGACAUCCGCGAACAGAGCAACAAGCUGCAGGAAAUUAAAGAGCAAGAGUACCAUGCCCAGCUGGAGGAGAUGCAGGUGACCAUCAGGCAGCUGGAGGAGGACCUGUCAGCUGCCCGGCGCCGCAGCGACCUCUAUGAGGCUGAACUUAGAGACUCUAGGCAAACAAGUGAGGAGCUCAAAAGGAAAGCUGUGGAAUACCAGCAAAGAAUCCAGAAGGCUAAAGAGCAGGGCAAAGCCGAUGUGGAGGAGCUUCUCUCCAAACUAGAGAAGACCAAUUCUGAGCAACAGGUAAAAAUCCAGGAACUCCAGGACAAACUGUCCAAGGCAGUGAAGGCGAGCACAGAAGCCACUGAGCUUCUGCAGAAUGUUCGGCAGGCCAAAGAGCGGCUGGAACGAGACCUGGAGCGCCUGCGAGGCAAAACCGACUCUAGUGACACUUUAAAACGCCGCCUGAGAGAGACAGAGGAGGGCAGGAAGACCCUGGAAAACCAGGUAAAGAGGCUGGAGAUGGUUGAGCGGCGGGAGAAUAAGCUGAAAGAUGACAUUCAGACCAAAUCCCAGCAGAUCCAGCAGAUGGCUGAAAAGAUCCUGGAACUGGAGGAGAACCUGCGGGAUGCCCAGUCGACAGCCCAGAGAAUGGAAACCCAGCUAGUUCAAAAGGAGAGGCUUUAUGAAGACAAGAUCAAGGUUCUGGAGGCCCAGAUGAAGGAAGACCUGGCUGACAAGGAGAGCCUCGAAGCCAGAAGGGCCCAGCAGGAGGAGGAGUCGAGGGAGAACUGCAAACUUAUCAGUGAACAGAAAGCAACCAUUAAUGCUAUGGAUUCCAAGAUGAAGAACCUGGAGCAGCGCAUCGCUGAGCUGUCAGAGGCUAACAAGCUGGCCGCUAACAGCAGUAUCUACACCCAGAAGAAUAUGAAAGCCCAGGAGGAGAUGAUCUCAGAACUUCGGCAGCAAAAGUUCUAUUUGGAGUCUCAGGCAGGCAAGCUCGAGGCCCAAAAUGCCAAACUGGAGGAGCACCUGGAAAAGAUGAGUCAGCAGGAGCAGACCAAGAGGACCAGGUUGCUGGAGUUGGAGAGUAGGCUGCGGGAGAUGGGCUUAGAACAUGAAGAAGAGAAGCUGGAGAUCAAGAGACAGGUGUCAGAGUUGACCCUCUCCCUGCAGGAGCGUGAAUCUCAGAUUAGCAGCCUGCAGGCUGCCCGUCUAGCCCUGGAGAGCCAGCUGCAGCAAGCAAAGACUGAGCUGGAGGAGACCACCGCUGAGGCCGAGGAGGAGAUCACCGCCCUCAGGAAUCACAGAGAUGAGAUUCAGCGCAAGUUUGAUGCCUUGAGAGACAGCUGCUCAGUGAUCACUGACCUGGAGGAGCAGCUGACACAGCUGAGUCAGGAGAAUGCUGAGCUGAACCGGCAGAACUUCUACCUGUCCAAACAGCUUGAUGAAGCUUCAGAUGAGCGGGAGGACCAGCUGCAGCUUAGCCAGGAAGUAGACAGGCUGAGGAGGGAGGUGGCUGACCGCGAGAUGCACCUCAACAACCAGAAACAGAACAUUGAGACACUGAAGACCACAUGCAGCAUGCUGGAGGAGCAGGUGGUGGAGCUGGAGUCGCUAAACGACGAGUUGCUGGAAAAAGAGAGGCAGUGGGAGGCUUGGAGAGGUGCCCUGGAGGACGAAAAAAGCCAAGCCGAGAGACGCACCAGAGACCUGCAGAGACUGCUGGACAAUGAGAAGCAGAACAGGCUGCGUGCAGACCAGCGCAGCACUGAGUCUCGCCAGGCAGUGGAACUGGCAGUCAAAGAGCACAAGGCUGAGAUACUGGCCUUACAGCAAGCCUUGAAGGAGCAGAGACUGAAAGCUGAAAGUCUGUCUGAUACUCUCAAUGAUCUGGAGAAGAAACACGCCAUGCUGGAGAUGAAUGCCCGCAGCUUACAGCAGAAACUCGAGACAGAGAGAGAGCUGAAACAGAGGCUGAUGGAAGAGCAGGGGAAGCUGCAGCAGCAGAUGGACCUACAGAAGAGUCACAUAUUCCGUCUGACCCAAGGCCUACAGGACGCCCUGGACCAAACCGACAUGCUAAAGACUGAGAGGACCGAUCUGGAGUACCAGCUGGAGAAUAUACAGGCUGUAUACUCCCACGAGAAGGUGAAAAUGGAGGGGACCAUCUCCCAGCAGACCAAACUCAUUGACUUCCUCCAGGCCAAAAUGGACCAGCCCACAAAGAAAAAGAAGGGUAUAUUUGGGCGGCGUCGGGAAGAUGUAGGCACCACGACUAAUGGGGCAUUGGCUCCACAGGCCCAGCCAACAGUUCCCCUGCAGUACGGUGACAUGAAGUUGGCUUUGGAGAAAGAGCGCUCAAGGUGCGCAGAGCUGGAAGAGGCUCUGCAGAAGAUGAGAAUAGAGCUACGAUCCCUCAGAGAAGAGGCGGCUCAUUUCAAAGCCCAGGAACAUGUGGCUCCUUCCACGCCCGCCCAGGCUCGACAUCAAAUCCUCAUGUCAGCCAUUGUCAAAUCCCCAGAACAUCAACCCAACCCCAGCAGCCUGCUCAACCCCUCCACCCGCUGCAAGGAGACCUCCACACCUGAAGAGUUUGGUCGUCGCGUGAAAGAGAGAAUGCAUCACAACAUCCCUCAUCGUUUCACUGUGGGUCUCAACAUGAGGGCUGCCAAGUGUGCCGUCUGCCUGGACACUGUGCAUUUUGGACGACAGGCUGCCACUUGUCUAGAGUGUCACACCCUGUGUCACCCUAAAUGCUCACCAUGUCUUCCGGCCACCUGCGGUCUGCCAGCUGAGUAUGCCACUCACUUUACAGAGGCUCUGUGCCGAGAAAAGGCAAACUCUCCUGCGCUGCAGGUCAAAGAGGCCAGUGGGCAUGUUCGCUUGGAGGGAUGGAUGAAGCAGCCUAGAAAUGGCAAGCGUGGUCAGCAGGGCUGGGAGAGGAAAUAUGUGGUGCUUGAUGGAACAAAAGUAUCUAUCUAUGAUACUGAGCCCAGAGAGGACUGUAUUAAAGCUGAGGAGGAGUUUGAGAUCUGUCUGCCUGAUGGAGAGGUGACUGUUCAUGGAGCUGUUGGAGCCUCUGAGCUCAUCAACACUGCCAAGUCAGACAUCCCAUAUGUGCUGAAGCUGGAGUCACAUCCCCACACCACCUGCUGGCCAGGCCAGUCUCUCUACUUCAUGGCUCCCAGCUUUCCUGACAAGCAGCGCUGGGUGGCUGUACUGGAGUCUGUGGUGGCUGGUAGCCGUGGCUCUAGAGACAAAGUGGACUCUGAUGCUAAACUUCUGGGCAAUUCUCUGCUGAAGCUGGAGGGUGAUGACCGUUUGGACAUCAACUGCACUCUGCCUCUCACUGACCAGAUCGUGUUGGUCGGCUCUGAGGAGGGUUUGUAUGCUCUAAACGUCAUAAAAAACUCUCUGACACACAUCCCCGGGCUGACGUCCGUCUUCCAGAUCCAGAUCCUGAAGGAGCUCGAUAAGCUGCUGAUGAUCACUGGAGAGGACAGGGCCUUGUGUCUGGUGGAGAUCAAGAAGGUGAAACAGUCGUUGUCACAGUCCCAUCUCCCGGCUCAGCCUGACCUCAAUCCCUUCAUCUUUGAGACAGUCAAAGGAUGCCACCUCUUCUCCUCUGGAAAGAUUGAUAAUGGGACCUGUAUCUGUGCUGCUAUGCCUAAUAAGAUUACAAUUCUGCGACAUAAUGAAAGCCUGAACAAGUUCUGCAUCAGAAAGGAGAUUGAGACAUCCGAGCCCUGCAGCUGUAUCCACUUCACUGGCUACAGUAUCAUUAUUGGCACCAACAAGUUCUAUGAGAUUGAGAUGAAGCAGUAUGUGCUGGAAGAGUUCCUGGAUAAAAACGAUGUGACGUUAGCUUCAGCUGUAUUCGCCGCAUCGUCCCACAGCUUCCCCAUUUCCAUCAUCCAGGUCACCACGGCUCCACAGAAAGAUGAAUACCUACUCUGUUUCCACGAGUUCGGUGUGUUUGUAGAUGCAUACGGCCGCAGGAGUAGAAGUGAUGAUAUCAAAUGGAGCCGUCUGCCUCUCUCAUUUGCGUAUAGAGAACCCUACCUGUUUGUGACCUACUUCAACUCUCUGGAUGUUAUUGAAAUUCUGGGACAUGCUGCUUUGGGGCCCCACUCAUAUGCACACCUGGAUAUCCCAAACCCACGCUACCUUGGCCCAGCCAUCUCUUCUGGGGCCAUCUACCUGGCCUCUUCCUACCAGAACAAACUGCGGGUCAUUUGCUGCAAGGGCAACCUGGUCCAGAGUCAAGAGGGAGUAGGAGACCUGCAGCGGAACGGCUCUGGACGCAGCCCUAACAAGCGUGGACCUCCUUCCUACAAUGAGCACAUCUCUAAAAGGCUGGCAGCCAAUCCCCUAGUUCACGGAGAUCCCGGCACACCUCACCGCUACCGAGAGGCUCGCACAGAGUUUCGACGGGAUAAGUCCCCCAGUCGUCCACUGGAGAGGGAGAAGUCUCCUGGCAGGAUGCUGGAGAGCCGGAUAGUGGCGUCUCCAGGCAGGGCCAUGGCUGACCCUCGGUUAGAGCGCUCCCCGGGCCGGGCCAUGGCAGACCCUCGGAUGGACCGCUCUCCCGGUCGGAUGAUGGAUGUCCGUAGGGAGAGGUCCCCCGGACGAUUCGAAGAGCGGCAAAGGCUUCAUACUGGCUCCGGUCGCACGCCCAUAAACCCGGUUAACAAGGUAUGGGACCAAUCCUCUGUUUGAGAGAAAGCAGAGCCACUUACCCAGCAUGGACAGAGAGAUUCAUCUUUGGAAAGGGAAAGAAGGGAGCAGAGUGAACCAGUGAGAAUGUCACCAACUCAUGAUGAAACACUGCCACACAUCAGUUUUGCCUGACAUCUAAGCUGACAAACCCACAGAGGAAAACAACUGUAGCCAUCAGAACCGAGAGAGGACGAGAGAAAUAAAUAGAUGUCAUUAGAAUCAGGUUAUUUUUCUCAAUGAACUGACCCGACUCAAUAAAGGUCAACAAAAUGCCA